UCCCAUUUUCAACAUGCAGAAAAUAGUAAUUUGCACUUUGGCACUCAUCGCUAUCGCCGCAGCGGCUCCUCAAGAACAAAACCCGACUUACAUAUUGAAACAAGACUCUAAUGUCAACCCUGAUGGAUACCAUUUUGAUUUCGAAACUAGCGACGGCACCGCUCGACAGGAGCAGGGCACGCUAAAGCAGUUCAGCGAGGACCACCGCGCCAUCGAGGUGCAGGGCACGUACAAGUACACCGCGCCCGACGGCCUCGUCUACACCGUCACAUACGUCGCCGACGAGCACGGCUUCCAGCCGCAGGAGCAUGUUUCCCAUCCCGGACAACAGUAGAGAGUCAUUGGUCAAGCCAACAUUUAGGGCCAAUACAUAUAACCGCAUUGCGGCACAGCACCGC